AAGGGAAAGAGCCCCAGACAAGGAGGAGGGAAGGGAUAACAGUUCCAAGGCCAGUAUCAAGGACUUUUCCCCUCACACACGCUGAAAUCACAGCUAGACUCAUAAAAACUGCUCCAGAGGAGAUACAGACACAGGUCUGAGGCAAUGCAGUGAAGCACCGGCAGUGUGAGGGGCUUGGACCAUGUAUCCGUUCGGCUACUUGCCAUCUCAGGGCGCCCAGCCACAAGUCUUUGCCUAUACCUACAUGCCUGGCCCAGUGGUGUGGCCCCCCAUGCCGCUGCACAACUUUAAUAGUCAGCCUCUGCCACCAUCGGCAGGUGAUCAGGCGAGGAGCCAGGACUUGGCUGCUUGGUUCUGCCCUCUGGGCUACCCCUGCCAGUACCCAGUCUGGCCCUUGGAGCACCCGGUGUUCUACCACCUCUCCUAUGGGAGUGGUGCAUCUUACCCCCAGGCAAGACCAGGAUUGGCCGGGCAAUCCCAGGAAGUGUGGUCUGAGGGCAGCUUCUUUUCUGGGGAACUCCGAUGGGGGAGAAUAAAUCGUUGUUGGAGUCCAAUCAAGGAGCUGCCAGACUUUGUCCGGGAUGAUCUGCUCCGAGUGUAUGGGACUUACCCUUACACAGAAGUGCAUAUCACCUACCAAGAUGGAGAGUUCCUAGUACGGGGCAAGCCCCGUGUGGGGCAACAGGAGUACCGAGUGGAGAGGAGGGUGGUGAGGGGCACCCCUGUCCCCCCCAACAGUGGAAUCGAGGCAGAGGUCAGCAGAGGCGAGGAAGAGGCGGAAGGCAACAGAAGAAACCAGAGCUGAGGGAGAUCAGCCAUCGGGGCCCAUCUAUUCUGGGAUUUUGAAAAUGAAUAAAUAUCAGAAGAAAUAUCUGAGGAUUGCUUAAAGCACCUCUCAGGAGGGAGACUAUUUGUACCUUCCUACAUUUACUGAGAUCCUAUCCCCUUUCCCACUUCCCUGACGGUUGGAUAUACCCCACUACUAUGGGGAACUCUCUAGAGUCCUGGGGACCAAGAGAAGGAAGGGAGAAUUACGAAGAGGUUUAGACUUCUCUUAACCUUUUAAAGGAAUCCAGGACCCACCCAUGCCCAAGCUCUCCUGUUUUUUCUUUCCCUCAUCCUAUGUCUCAGAUGUUUUUAUUGGCUAUGGCAGUCCUGAAUUUAGAUGACUCGGGGCCUCUGCUGAGAAGCAGAGGAUCUUUCUUAUGAGCUGAUGUUACAAUAAAUGACCCACUCCUUUCCCACCUCUGUAGGCCUUAGGCUGGACUAACUUCAAGUGUUUCCCAUUAUAUUUUAUAAGUGUGUUCUGUAUGGCUCAUGUAUCUAAAAGUGAAAUAAAGGGAUUGAAGUCAAA